AUGUCAACCCAAAGUACCCCUGUCGACCUUCAACCAGCGACUUUACCUCUCGAAAUACUGAAUGCCAUCAUUGAAGAGCUGACAGACGACAAGAGAGCAUUGGCUUCCUGUGGCCUCCUCAAUAGCGAAUGCUACCUUAUAUCCAGGAAGCUCCUCUUCAACAGGAUUACAAUCGAUACGACGGACCGAUGCAACCAAUUCCACUCGCUUAUACUCGCCCAGCCAAUCCUCUCGUCCUUUGUCCGUCACCUCACUCUCGAAAGCAGAGUCGAAAAUACAAUUGUAGUGAAAGCCCGCCUAGGUUGGAAAGACUUGAUCAGUUUGAUCAGAGGACGUCGACGCAACCGGGUUCGAUUCAUCCACUCAAGAUUCCUAGCCUCCCCUUCGACCAUCCCAGAGGUACUCGCCAGAAUGGAAGCAUUGGAGUCUAUUACAGUGACCGGUCAUUAUGGCCAUUACCGGUCUUCCUUGCCCUGGACAAAGGUCGACUCCAAGGCACAGGUCGCACUUUACAGAGCCUUCGCUUAUCCGAGCAUCCGGCACAUCACCCUUGAGUGGCUCAGCGAAUGGCCAUUGAUUCCUUUCAUACGCUAUGGCCAUCUGGAAACUCUCUCAAUCCAAGAUGUUACCCAGAAUCCGGCCGAGAAAGACCCGUCCCUCCCGCUCAGUUUCCCAACCGUCAGCGGCGCGACGAAGAGAGAAUAUCUGCGCCUCAAGAACUUACAUAUCCUCCUUGAGGAAGACAGCAUCGACAUACUGCAACUGCUCGCUUCUGCCUGGGCACAGGGUCCCCGUGAUCUGGCACUAUCAGAACAGAUACAGUUCACCGCCACCUACCAACAAUCGGUAUAUCUUUACGCAAAUCGAAGAGCAUGGUCUCGGAUGCCACAGGCAUUCCUAGGAUCUGUCGGGAGCUACUGCAUUACGAGUCCAGGUCCCCCGGAAGACCUUCUCGCUCAACGAUCGCGCUAUCUGCGGCGACCGCUCCGGUCAAUUACAUAUCCAGGCAUUUACCCAGCCCCUCCUGAUUUACCGGACCCUCUGGGUAUCUACCAGUUCCCCAACAUCACCCAUCUCCAAGUCGUUCUCUACCUCGUCAACCCUUUCAGGCUCGGUCCGCAUCCGACGUGGCCCGAACGGUGUCCGCUGUAUGAACUUUCCAAGAGUCUACGCAACGGGAACCUCCCCAAGCUACGCAACUUUCAACUCAAGUUCCUGGUGAAUCUCAACCUUUCAGAAGACCAGCCGGUGUCGGAAGUAGCGGGUCUUCCCUAUCGCCAGCCCGAGAAGCUGAAAGACUUUGGCUGGGCGGGAAUGGACGCGGCUUUAACUAAUCGUGCAGCGUAUCCCAGAUUAGCGACAUUUAGCAUGGAAUUUCAGAUGCGGACAGAAGUAUCCGAAACGACGGAUAUGGCAGCGUGGAGGUCUGUUAUCGCUGGCCUUGCAGCUGAGUUGCCUCGAUGCAGGGCCAGGUUUGAAGAUUCGUUUCAAAUCCUGGUUACGGGGAAUGGGUGGCAGUAA